UGGGGCAGUGAUGGUGGACGACCAGAGACGUUGUCUCUCUCCCCUUGUGUCUGUGUUUUGGUUUUAUCUUUAUGCCGUAUAGUUCCACUACCAUGCUGUCACAGAACAUUCAGAUGGACUCUAACAGAUAUUGGAAGGAUGCUGAGGUGGUCAAGAAGGCAGAUAUGUCUGACGUCGACCAAAUGUGUGCACCUAAGGAAUGUGGAAUCUGCAAUGAGAUCUUCAAUGAGGACAAAAAUUGUCCCAAGAUCCUCCCUUGCUACCAUUGUCUGUGCGCCAUAUGCAUUGACCAGCUCAUCGUCAACAACCUCCAGUCUUGUCCCUUUUGCCGAAAGGAGUUUCAUGCGCUUUCAGCUAAGGACUUCGGAACAAACUUCAACUUACUAGAUAUUCUCAAAUAUGUGAAUGAGCUGGAAGAGCUGAGCAAGUUGACGCCUGCGAGAGUGAAGGGGAACCGCUCUCUGCAGCUUCUGAAUAACUGCAAAGCAGAGAGCAGGGAAAUUAGCCAAGAGAGCAAAGACACCUGCAAGAAAGCGAUGGAACGCAUCCGCAGUGCCAUGCGGAGUAAUUCCAAUCUCAAAGAUGUCAUAGCGGAUGUCAACAGGAAGCUCCUGGAAAUGCUGAAUAUCAUUAAAGAAGUAGAACUAAGAAACAGGAAACACCUGCACUAUCUCGAAGAAGAAAACGAUCUGUUGGAGAAACAGCUGAUGUCGGUAUCAAGACAGGAGGUGGUCAUCAACGACGCUGAGAUCAGGCUAGAGGCAGCACAGGACCUGUCAUCCCUUGGGUCUGUCAUGGACAGAACUGAGGAAAUUAAUAGUGACACCAAAGAUCUUGUGGACGCCACGGAGGAGUUUCUCUCUAAAAACAAGGACACGCGGGAGAAUAUAGGAAAGGAUAUCGAAGAAUGCAAGAGAAAGCUUCAUGCUCUGGAGGAGAUCCUGACUUCUUAUCAAAAAAAGAGACACAUUGACCUCUCUCAUGGGAUGGUUGCCAUGACAGCAGAAGAAGAUAUCCCUGAGCAUCUGACUGUUGACUACCUGCGAAGAUUAAAGGAACCGAUCAAGCAGGCGUUGAAGCAACGGAAAAUAUUCGCCAUUCAGAAUUACCUUGGACAGACGCGCUAUGCAAGAAUCACCAUCACAGAGGGCAACGAAAUAUGUCUUCACCAUCUGACGGAAGAGCUGCCGCCUCCCAAGGCCCACUAUAUCAAACAUUGCGAGGUGAUGAAACUCGUUGAUAAGUCUUCCCGAAGGACUUUUCUGGACCUAAGAAUUGGAGAAGAGGACCUCGGCAGGCUGUUGCUAAAACUGACCCCGGACACUGUCAAGGCGCAGCACCAUGCCCUCCUCUGCACGGGGGAGAGGGGCAUCUCGUACGCCAACGGCUAUCUCUACGGCGUGAAGGGAUCCUCAGACGACAACGAAUGGCUGUGGUUCAAUCCGGACGAGAGGAGGGUCUCCUGCGGAGGGAAUUUCAUAUUUUCUGACAUGGACGUCGAGGAGGAGUGGAAGGAUGUUUAUGUCAGGCCCAUGGUUGUCGGUGCGGUCGCCACCAACUUCUUGGGCAGGGAUACCCUCAAGUUCACUAUCUGCCUCAAAGAGAAGCCCCAUGAGAAAAUCCGCGGGACGUUCGGCAUGGUGGAGAAGGGCAUGGGGGUGCUGAAUAGCGCUCUCUCUCGACAGCCCAAUCUCAAGGAAUUCAGGAUACACGACUGCGGUAUUGUCCUCUCCCACGAAUAGUCAGUCAGUCAGUCAGUCACGCGAUGUCAUAGAAGAGAUUGGUCGUUUCCACAAUUGUGCUUUCAAACUACUGUAACCUAACCGAGAUACCUUUGUCAAUCAAGAAAUGACUCAGAGGUAGAGUAAAAUAUUUUAUAAGCC